AUGGCAACGUACCAGAUUCCAGCACCAGAACCAAUGAAUUGCAAUGGCGAUGUCGCAAACAACUGGAAGAGUUUUCAUGAAGCAUAUGAAGAUUAUUUAAUAGCAACAGGCUUAGAUCAGAAAGACAAGAAAGUUCAAGUGGCCACGUUGAAAAGUCUAAUGGGAACUGAGUGCAAGAAAAUACUUAAAAGACUUCAAUUAUCAGAGGCCGAUAUGAAAGAUCCAGCUAUUAUUCUUGCAAAGCUGCAAGACCGUACCAGUACGAAAUAUUCUGUAUGAGAGAUAUAUUUUCCAUAACACUGAACAGCAAGUACAUGAAACUAUUGACCAGUUUCUUAUAAAGCUCAGGCAAUUAGCUGAGCCAUGUAACUUUGGAACACUAGAAGAUGAGAUGGUGAGAGACCGUCUAGUUCUUGGCUGUCGGGACAGUGCGGCCAGGACCAGGCUUUUCCGCGAGAAAGAUUGCACUCUCAAGAAAGCUAUAGAGUCCCUUCGUAUAAGUGAGACCACAAGUGAACAAUUGAAGAAAAUAGAGAGAGAAGACAAUCAAGAGCCUGUCAAUUAUGCUCAGAGACAAGAUGCAAAGAAACAGAAUGUUUCAAAAUCAGUAGAUCGACAAAGAAAAGAGAGCGGGAACCAACUUAAACAAGGUGGCAAAUGCAAGUAUUGUGGUGGAGCUCAUGAACGGGACAAACAUAAGUGUCCAGCCUUUUGGCAAGUCGUGCCGAAAGUGUGGAAAGGCAAAUCAUUUCCAAUCAGUUUGCAUGCAGAAGCAAGGAGUUAACCUUAUGAAUGAAGAAUCAUCAGAUGACGAGUAUGCCUUUUAUGUCGAAACUGUUGACGCAAUAAGACAUGUAGAAAGAAAGCGUUAUUUUGUAUCCCUUUCUUUUUGGGAUAAGGACGGUGGUGAAAGUCAAAUCCAAUGCCAGCUUGACACAGGAGCCACCUGUAAUGUCAUGUCCUUCAAUACCUUAUGUGAAAUCAAGCAGAGUGGAAGCCCAACCAUGCAGCCAACUAACACCAAAUUAAAAUUAUACAAUGGGAGUUGUGUACCAGCCCUCGGAGAGUGUGACCUCAAUUGCAUCUACAAUGGAGAAAGUCGCAGGCUUAACUUCAAGAUUAUCAAGGGCGAGCAGAAGCCAUUGCUGUCUGGAGAGACAUGUACAAGCAUGGGACUUAUCACUGUGCAUAUAGCUAAUAGCAUAAAUACCUCUCCGAUAACAGCUCCAUCAGAUAUUUUCAUGGAAUAUAAAGAUGUGUUUGAGGGACUUGGCUGCUUGCCUGGUGAGUACCACCUAGAGAUAGAUCCUGAUGCUCAACCUGUUAAGCAUAUCCCCAGACGAAUUGCAAUACCAUUGAAAGCCGAGCUAAAAGCACAUAUUGAAACAUUAGAAAAAAUGGAGGUUCUCAAGAAAGUUACAGAGCCGACUGAAUGGAUUAGCAGUCAAGUUAUUGUGCGGAAGGGAUCCAAGCUUCGACUGUGUAUCGAUCCAAAGGACUUAAACAAAGCUUUGAAGCGGUCCCACUACCCGAUGCCGACGAUAGAAGAAAUCCUGCCGGAGCUUGCGAAAGCCAAAGUUUCUAGUGUUGCAGACGCGAAGAAUGGCUUCUGGCAAGUCAAACUGGAUGAAACAAGUAGCUACCUCACGACAUUCUGGACCCCGUUUGGCAGGUACCGUUGGUUAAGAAUGCCAUUUGGGAUUGCCACUGCUCCCGAAGAAUACCAGAGGCGACAACAUGAGGUGCUUGAAGGUCUCCCUGGCAUCCACGUAAUCGCAGACGACAUCCUGAUCACAGGUCAAGGGGAGACACAAGAGGAAGCGCUUCGAGAUCAUGAUAGAAAUCUCGUAGCAUUGCUGCAGAGAGCAAGGGAAGUAAACUUAAAACUGAAUCCCAAGAAGCUGAAGCUUAGAUUAAAUGAAGUUCCCUAUAUUGGCCACCUGCUUACUCCCGAUGGUGCAAAGCCUGAUCCUGAAAAGGUGCGUGCGGUGCAAGACAUGCCACGACCUGAUGGACGUAACAGGGCAGAGAAGGUGAAGGUUGUGCAAAGAUUCCUAGGCUUUGUCAAUUACCUCGCCAAAUUUGUGCCACAUCUCGCAGACGAGAGUGAACAUCUAAGACGACUAACCGACAAAGAUGCUGAAUGGGUUUGGGAAAAGCACCAUCAAGAUGCCUUCGAUCGUAUCAAGAAACUGGUUGCAAACCAUCCAGUUCUAUGCUAUUAUGAUAUUAGCAAGCCAGUGUCAAUUCAGUGUGACAGCAGUGAGACUGGUCUUGGAGCUGCUCUGCUUCAAGAUGGACAACCUGUGGCAUUUGCGUCCAGGACAUUAACGCCAACAGAAAGAGGUUACGCCCAGAUAGAAAAGGAGUGUUUAGCAAUAGUCUUUUCGUGUGAUAGAUUUAAUCAAUACAUCUAUGGAAGAAAGUCAGUGGAUGUACAGAGCGACCACAAGCCCCUAGAAGCCAUUUUUGGGAAGCCCUUGACAGCAGCUCCAAAGCGUCUUCAAGGCAUGUUACUCCGUCUUCAGAAGUAUAAUCUUAAAGUUCGCUAUAAAAAAGGAACUGAGAUGUUUAUUGCUGACACGCUUUCUAGGCUCCUUUACCCGAUGUCGGUCCUCCUGGGAACUGUCUGAGGCCGGAGAAAGAAGAUGUUUGCCGUGUGGAUGUGGAACAAAUAAAUGCGUCUGAAUUUAUAAGAGUAUCGGAUGACGGUCUGAGGAGUAUCCAGCGUGAAACAGAGGCAGACGCAAAGUUACAGCGCCUUAAAGAGAUUGUGUUGCGGGGAUGGCCUGAAACCAAACCGGAGGCAGACCCGAGCGUUGCUGAGUAUUGGACGUUCCGUGAUGAAAUAAGUAUCUAUAACGGGGUGUUGUACAAGGGAGAUAGGGUCAUCGUCCCCACUGUUCUCCGCAAGAAGCUGCUGUCUCGUAUACAUGCUAGUCAUCAAGGGGAGCAAGCGUGUCUUCGUCGUGCAAGAGAUGCUCUUUUUUGGCCCGGCAUGAGCCAACAAGUUAAAGAUCUGGUGAGCAGUUAUAGUCUUUGUGCAGAUUUUGCGCCAGAACAAGCCAAAGAACCCCUGAUGACUCCAGAGCUCCCAAAGCGCCCAUGGAGUGUCAUUGCACAGGAUCUUUACAGUCUAGACGGAAAAGACUUUCUUAUAACAGUUGAUGCUCACAGUGGAUUCUGGGAAGUUGAUGAACUAUCUCAAACUACGGCAGCCGACGUUAUCAAUAAGACUAAGCAGCACCUUGCCCGCUAUGGCAUACCUGAUCGAGUUUACAGUGAUAAUGCCCCCCAAUUCGACUGCACAGAAUAUGCAUCUUUUGCCGAUCAUUGGCAGUUCGAGCAUUUUUCAUCCUCUCCAUACCACAAGCAAUCCAACGGGCUUGUAGAGGCAGCAGCGAAAUCUGCGAAAACCCUGCAGAAGAAGGCACAAAGAACUGGACGAGAUAUGUGGAUGAGCUUCCUGGAUUAUAGGAAUACACCGACAGAGGGUAUGGACAGUAGUCCAGUACAAAGGCUGAUGUCAAAGAGAACCAAAACAACACUGCCACUUGCAGCACACCUGCUGGAGCCUGAGAUCCAACAAGACGUUCAGACGAGGCUUACGUUGAAGCGCAGAAAAGCUAAAAAACAUUUCGAUCCAGGUUCAAAAGAGCUACCAGAUUUAAAAAUUGGUCAACCAAUCAGAAUGACCAGCCUACCCAAGGAUGAUAGGAACAAAUGGAGGAGAGGGAUUUGCCUUGGCAAAGUUGCCCCAAGAUCGUAUUUGGUCGAUGUUGAUGGCUCCGUAUUUCGCAGAAAUCGGAAAUUCCUAUGUAGCGCAAGGGAUAGUACUGCUGAAACUCCACCGGAAACCUCACCCUUGGCAGUGCCAUCAGUCAUUCAGUCGGAUUUGGUCCCCGUGCAGCCAUUGCAGCAACCUACUACCACAGAGGAGCCACCUGUACCAGUCAGCCUACCAACUCCAGAAAUAGCGCAACCCGUAAAGAUAACAAGGAGCGGACGGAUAAGCAAACCGCCAGUGAGACUCAACCUUUAG